AGAAGAAAAACAAAGAAAUUAAUUAGAGACAGGAUCAUCACACAAAGAAUCUCUGAAACCUGCCAACCAUCACCUUCAAAGUCUGUAUUGCUGGAUACGUAGAAUUAGACAAUUGAACUGAUACAUUUUGUUUCUUGUAAAUAUAUAUCUUCAAGCUGUCUGUGUAAAGGUCAAGGUUAGAGAGACAUGGGAAGUGCAGAAACCCCAGGUGCGAGGGAGCUUGACCAGACACCCACAUGGGCUGUCGCUGCAGUUUGUGCUGCUAUUGUUCUCAUCUCUAUCCUAUUGGAAAAAGUUCUUCAUCAUGUUGGAGAGUUCUUUCAAGAAAGACACAAGAAAGCUCUGUAUGAAGCACUUGAGAAAGUUAAAGCCGAGCUUAUGGUUUUAGGAUUUAUAUCUUUGCUCCUGACAUUCAGUCAGAGCUACAUUGCCGGAAUGUGCAUCAAGGAAAGAUAUGCGAAUACUAUGUUGCCUUGCCCCAAAAAAGUUCACGAUGAUCAUGUUCACGAUGAUCAUGAUCAUGGUCAUGAUCACCAUGAUCUUCUCACUACGGAGGAAGCACAUCAUCACCGCAGGCUUCUAUGGCAUGAACGCAGAUUUUUAGGUGGCGGCGGCAAUUCUGUAGGCUGCGGACCGGGAUAUGUACCACUUAUAUCUUUGAACGGACUGCACCAGUUGCACAUCUUCAUAUUCUUCUUAGCAUGUUUCCAUGUGUUCUACAGUUGCGCAACUAUGACGCUUGGAAGAUUAAAGAUUCGUGGAUGGAAGGAGUGGGAACGUCAGUGUAUCAAGGAACACGAAGCUAUGAAUGAUCCAACAAGAUUCAGGCUCACACACGAGACAUCUUUUGUGAAAGACCACACAAAUUUCUGGACGAAAACGCCAGCCCUCUUUUACAUUGUAUGCUUCUUUCAACAAUUCCGUAGAUCUGUUAAGAGAGCUGACUACUUGACCAUGCGACAUGGGUUCAUUUCCGUUCAUUUAGCGCCUGGAACUAAGUUUGACUUCCAAAAGUACAUCAAAAGGUCAUUAGAAGAUGACUUCAAGGUCGUUGUCGGAAUCAGUCCGCUACUCUGGGCCUCUGUGGUGUUCUUUCUGCUUUUCAAUGUUCAUGGAUGGUGGGUCAUGUACUGGGUUUCUUUGAUGCCUAUAUUUGUAAUCUUAUCAGUUGGAACAAAGCUUCAAGCAAUUAUAAAUGAAAUGGCACUUGAAAUUACAGAAAGACAUGCUGUAGUCCAAGGAAUACCACUUGUGAAGGUCACCGAUAGGCAUUUUUGGUUUAGUUGGCCUCAACUAGUCCUUUACCUCAUCCAUUUUGUCCUGUUUCAGAAUGCAUUUGAACUAACAUAUUUCUUCUGGAUAUGGUACGAGUUCGGACUGAACUCAUGUUUUCAUGAGGAUUUAACUCUUAUAUACUCAAGAGUCGCUCUCGGUUUUGGAGCCCAAUUUCUCUGCAGCUACAGCACACUUCCACUCUAUGCUCUUGUUACUCAGAUGGGAUCAACAAUGAAGCGAUCAAUCUUUGAUCAACAAACUUCAAAGGCCUUAAAGCAGUGGCACAAAAGUGCUGUCAAGAAAAAGACAGGGGAUAAGCAUGAUCACCAUCGCCGUACUAGGACUCUAGGUGGAAGCCCCGGCGAUUCUCCGGUGCAUUCCCCUGCUCAUGAAGGAGCUCACCCUGUAGAUCGUGAAUUGACUGAUGUUCAAAUACACCAAAGUGGCCCUCAGACGGCAAAUAUCACGGCAACUGUGGAUCUCAAUGGAGAUCAACAACAACCUAGUAGUCAACCUAAUCUACUAUAACUUCAUCAUUUUCAUUGCCAAAAUAUGUGAUUGAAAAUGCUAAUGUUUUAGGUUACUUUUAAGAAAGACAUCUUUAGCUGGUUCCAAUGUAGUUUUUGUUUCAUAGUCAAGAGUGGUUAUUGACUGUAACAUUAUUUGACAGUCACAAACUGACUUACACUACCUGAGAAAAAGGCAAAAAAAACCAAAAAAAUGUAUGUACUCUGAUUAUUAAUCCUUGUUAGGUACAUUUUGUAAAAUUACUCAUAAAACAUACAAUUAAUUCAUAUAGUUGUUAAGUAUUCUCAAUUAAACUCUGCAUUUUAAAUUGUUUCAUUUCUGAACACAGGAAUUGCAAUUCUUAGAGAAUUCAAAUCAGAAUUCAUUUAAACCAAACACUCUGCACAUCAAUUUACUAGUUUUAUUUCUUUUCAAUUCUUGGAUAGAGAGUAUACUGAAGAACCUAUAAAUGGGGGUAUAAUUGUAAUUACAUUGAUAAGAAUGGAUAGAGAUAACGUGGGUGGAUUGUAAUAACUUCUGUUGUAUAGGCAUUUGGAUGCCGGAGGCCAUGGCUUGUAUGACUAUGAGGAGCUUAGACAGAUGGACCGUUAAUCAUCUCCAAAUUAUUUCAAAAUCCACAAAAAAACAAAGCUUUGAACCUUCAAAUCACAUUCUUCUUUCAAUACCCACUUCGAGAAGAUGUGCAAUUUUGAUAUCUUCGUUGCCCUUUAGCCUCAUUUCCCUACCUCAGUUAUCAGAGGCCAGAGAAAGACGCAACAGGAAGGUCAUCCCCCUUGAAGACUAUCUCACUGCUCCUAAUGGGUUAAAAUAUUAUGAUGUUGUUGAGGGGAAGGGUCCAGUGGCUG